AUGGAUCGGGGAAAGUCAGCAGUGCCCAGGGUAAUUCUUCCAUUGAGUGUAGAGGAGAGUACAAGGCAAAGGGAGCUACUUCAAUAUUCAAGUGUGGUGGAAAGCAGAAAAUGGAAGCCAAGCUUGGAGCAAAAGCAGAUAUUAGAGUCUAUGUGGGCUUCUGGAACAAGAAAACCACCGUGUGAAGCCCGUAUAGAUGAAAUUACCUCUCAUCUACAGCUUUAUGGGAAAGUGGAAGCCAAAAAUGUAUAUUAUUGGUUUCGCAAUGAAGGUACUCGAGAGAAACGCAGAAAACAACAAUCAGAAGCCAUAAAUUCUGAUUGCUCUGCACAAUCAAACCAGUUGGAAAACAGGGUUAAUGUAGAUGGAGAAGAAGAAGAAGCGCAGAGAACUUUGGAACUUUUUCCUCUGCAUCCUGAUAGAGGCGGUUUAUUAUAG